AUGGGUACGACGAGCCGCAGUCCCGGCUACGCAUCCGGCCAGGCACACGCACACGCACACGGGCAUCCUCAUCCCGGCGCGCGAUCCUCCGCCCCAGCACUCUCAGUUCCACUCCCAGUAUUCACGUCCGCGCCCCCACCCUCGCACUUCCCGCUAACCUGCGGCUCGUUCGCGUCCCCUGCCCUCGCCUCCGUAUCGGACAUCCCCGUCUCGAUGUCGCUGAUGCACGGCGACGCGCACGGCACCGGGUUCCUCUUCGCGGACGGCGCGGGCGGGUACGCCGGUGACGGGGUCUUCUCGCUGGACGAUCUGGAUGUGGGAGUGGGCGCGAGUGCGAUGAUACAGGCCGAAUGGGGGGGUCAGUUCUGGCUGGGAGAUGAUUCUGUGUGA